AUGCCCAGCUCAACUCUCAUCCUCUCACUCCUCACCCUCCUCCCUCUCGCCCUAGCCACUCCUCUCGCGGCCCUCACCCCUCUCGCCCCCAUCGACCCCCUUGACCCCUCUCACGCCGCCGACGUACACAGUCGCUCUAGCGUCCGGCCCUGCACCGUUGGCACGGCAUUUGCGCCGGUACACGUCAUACCCGUCACCGGCAGCGUCGUCGAGCUGCGAUACCCCGGGCUGCCGGAGGGCGGACGCGUGUGCAAGGUGCUGCUCGACAAACUGCCCAGUGGAGUGUCUGCUGAUGGGAGCUUUGCGUGUCGGCAGACGAUACGGUUGGAUUUGAAAGGUUCGGAGAUGAAUGGGGAGGAUGUGAUUGUGCGGGUCUGUGAUAACUAG